GGCAAGGCGGAACCCUCGGCUCGGGGCUGCUGUUCCCGGCCGGCGGCGCUGCGGCGGGACCGGGAGCUCGGGGCCGGGCAGCGGCCGCCAUGUGGGGCCGUGGGGCCGGGCGAGCCGCCCGCUGCUCCCUCCUCCUCCUCACCGGGCGGCCUCGCAGCAAAAUUCAGAAACUCUUCAGCACUAGCAGUGUGCUGUCUACUGAGAAGGACAAAUCGACCGCUUCCACAGGCAGCACCAAUGAAGUGGCAUCAAAGAGUCCGGAGGGUGCAGCAGAAACACCAAAGCAGAAGUUGUUGAACAUCAUUGGCAAUAUGAAAGUAGAAGUGACCUCCAAGAAGAAAUUUCAACAGCUAAAAACACAAGAGAUCAAGAAGCAAGCCACAGACAAGCUGGAAGGCCUUGACAGCAAAAGUAGCACGCUUCAAGGAGCUGCAGAAGACACCCAGCGAACCAAACCUUUGAAUCGGGAACUGGUGGAAGCUGUUUCUGCAGUCGCAUCUUCCUUACCACGCAGCAAGGAACAGACAGAAUCAGAACUACUCGCACAACUAAGAAGACACGAAGAAACCACAGAUAAACAGAGAAAGGGGGGAACUAUUAACAUACGCAAUGUUAUUUCAGAAAUGUCAAUUAAAAGGCAGUCACCAGCUCAGAGAGGUGUGAUGAUAUCCAAUCGCAUUUCCUUGGCGAUGGAGGAGGAUGGGCAAAGACUCAAGCCUGAGAGACUCUCAUCUCGCUCUUUUGACUCAAGAAGAAGUCUUAGAGAAGGAAAGAGGCUUAAUAUAUUCACUAAGGCUCCUCCAGAAAUGGAAAGCGCGCUGAAAACAGUAUCUUCACCAACGAUUUGGGAUCUGGAAUUUGCGAAGGAGAUUGCAGCAGUGACUGACCAGCCUCCCCGAAACGGUUUUGAGGAGAUGAUCCAGUGGACAAAAGAGGGAAUCCUGUGGGAGUUUCCAAUUGACAAUGAAGCAGGGAUGGAUGAUGAUGCUGAAUUUCAUGAACAUAUCUUUCUGGAGAAACACCUCAAAGACUUUCCCAAGGAAGGACCUAUUCGCCACUUCAUGGAACUUGUCAUCUGCGGGCUUUCAAAAAACCCAUACCUCAGUGUUAAACAGAAGAUCGAACACAUUGAGUGGUUUCGGAAUUAUUUUGACGAAAAGGAGGAAUUUCUUCAAGAGAUGUGAGACUUGACAUGAAGAAAAUGAAAUGAACGAAAUACUGUCUGUGCAAAGUAGUCAUGUCACCGGAAAGUUGCAUUUUAAAUAAAAAAGAUCAUACUUUCA